AUGGCCUAUCGAAAUGAAAGCCCAGGUGAGCAAUCAGGACUGGGCCAAAGUACUGAUAAUCCUUUACGUACAGAAAAUUCAACAUUUGCUUCGACCAUAUCAGCAACAACUACACGUACAACUAGUGGUAUUCCAGUAGUUAGUACUAAUAGUCCAACCAGUCGUCCACCAAUAAUAAUAUCAACGACUAGAGAACCAACGGUUGGCGAUCCAACACAGCCAUCUACAUGCAAUCAAAUCGCUGGUUAUCAACGAUUUGAUUGCUUUCCUGAUGUUGUUAAACGAUCGCAAAGUGGAUGCAUAGCUCGUGGUUGCUGUUGGAAUCCCAUUUCUGAGCCCAAAAAUGCUCCUUCAUGUUAUUACCCACCUAAUUAUACUACCUAUUAUGGCCAACAAGUUCAAAAUGUCUCUUUUGGUCAGCGAGUGAUUGUUAAUCGUCGUUUAGAUCAGCCAGCUCUCUAUCAUUCACCUGCCAUAUCUCUGCGAGUAGAUAUUCAGCAUCAAACAGCCUCUCGGUUGCGAAUUAAGAUUACAGAUAGAAAUAGUGCAAGAUAUCAGGUUCCAAUUCAACAAUUUCCUGAUAUGAAAGAAAGUGAUCAAGGCAAUAGAAAUCCUUUAUAUCACGUUCAAGUUAAUACCAAUCCAUUUUCGAUUAAAAUUACCAGAAAAUCGACGGGUCAAGUCAUUAUGGACACAAGUGUUGGUGGAUUUAUCUACGAAGAUCAGUUUUUACAAAUUUCAAGUAAACUAUCAUCAACAUGGCUUUAUGGGUUAGGAGAACAUGAGCGUCAAAAUUAUCGCCAUCAAGACUGGAAUUGGCACCGCUGGGGAAUGUUUGCCUCAGAUAACAUGCCUGAUACCAAUCAAAAUUUGUAUGGAGUCCAUCCUAUGUACUUAAAUAUUGAAGAUAAUGCGGGCAAUGCUCAUGCCGUUUUGUUAAUUAAUAGCAAUGCUUUGGAGGCUGUAUUAACUCCAUCGCCUGGUCUUACUUGGAGAACUAUUGGAGGCAUUCUCGAUUUCAUAGUAUUUCUUGGCCCAAGUCCACAAGAUGUCAUUAAUCAAUAUAUUAAGACUAUAGGCUUGCCAUAUUUUCCACCUUAUUGGGCCCUAGGUUUUCAGUUAUCUCGCUGGGGUUAUAACAGCUUAGAUCGGGUCAAAGAAGUUGUUAAAGAGAUGAAAGACGCCGGAAUCCCACAGGAUGUUCAGUAUGGGGAUAUCGACUACAUGCAGGAUCGAAUGGAUUUUACGUAUAAUAAGGAAAGCUUUUCUGGACUACCUGAAUUUGUUCGCCAUCUACAUGCAGAAGGACAAAAAUACGUUAUUGUAUUGGAUCCUGCUAUUCGAAGUAAUCGGCCUGGUUUCUAUAGACCUUAUUCUGAAGGUCUGACUCGUAAUAUCUUUAUUAGAGACGAAAAUGGCAUGCUAAUUCGUGGCCAGGUUUGGCCACAAACUGCUUCUGUCUAUCCAGAUUUUACUAAUUCUCUUUCUCACUCCUGGUGGCAAGAUCAGAUUGUAAAUUUCCAUAAGAACAUUUCGUUUGAUGGAUUAUGGCUAGACAUGAAUGAGCCUUCUAACUUUGUUUCUGGAUCAAUUUCUGGUUGUCCACGUAAUAAUUUCAAUAAUCCUCCAUAUAAGCCUGGUAGCGGAAAUAGAAUAUAUGAUAAAACUCUAUGCAUGCAUGGUAAGCAGACAUGGGGCGAUCACUAUAAUGUUCAUAACUUGUAUGGUUACAGCCAAAUGGAGCCAUCUAUGAAAGCCCUUCGUGUAGCUGUUAAACAACGAGGAAUGAUUAUUUCCCGUUCUACUUUUACUGGUUCGGGAAGAUUUGGUGGACACAACUUAGGGGAUAACUGGUCUGGUUGGCAAUCUAUGUCGAAUUCUAUUAUUGGAAGUCUUGAAUUUAACAUGUUUGGUGUUCCAUACGUUGGUGCGAAUGUUUGCGGUUAUUCUGGUAACGCAACAGCCUCAUUAUGUAAUCGUUGGAUGCAGUUAGGAGCAUUUUAUACCUAUUCAAGAAAUCAUAACAGCUAUGGUUUUGGGGCCCAACAUCCACCAGCAUUGGGUCCGGAAAACGCAGCCAAUGCUAAAAAAGUUUUAUUAACAAGAUAUUCCCUUUUACCUUACUUGUACACAUUAUUCUACCAAGCACACACACAAGGCAAUACUGUUACGCGAUCUCUAAUGUUUGAAUUUCCUACCGACGAGGUUGCUCGAAGUAUCGAUAAACAAUUCUUAUGGGGACCUGCUUUGUUAAUAACACCAGUUUUAACGGAGAAUGCUAAUUCCGUUCGGGCUUACUUCCCUCAAGGCCGUUGGUUCGAUUAUUACACUGGACAAGAAAUUAAUACUGUAAAUAGAUUUGUCGACUUACCAGCACCAACAAAUCACAUCAAUUUGCAUAUUCGUGGUGGCUACGUUUUACCUCACCAAAAACCCGCUAAUACAACGUUUUACGCUCGCAAGAAUCCGUAUUCAUUAAAGAUAGCUGUAGAUAACAACGAGCAAGCUAGUGGUACUGCAUUUUAUGAUGAUGGAGAAUCAAUUGGUAAAGCUACAAAAGGAUUGCAUUUUAUAGUAAUAUUUAAUAUUAUAGAAUCAUCUAAUUUUCUAAUACUGUAUAUGUCAGAUUACUGUCAUUCUUUUAUCGCAGUUUACAGCUAUAUUACUAUCGUUAUUAUGUGUGCCAUUAUUAUUCCCAUUACCGUGGUCGUUAAUGGUCAACGUGAAAAUAUCGAAGCAACCGAGCCAACUCAACAAGCCACAACUACAGUGCCUACACAAGCCCCUACAUCUCCAACUCCAACCACUAUUCCUGUCAGUAAUGCUCCAACAUGUCCAAGUGUUGGGGCUUCAGAACGUUUUAAUUGCUUUCCAGAUACAGAUAAGCAAUCCAAAGAUGUUUGUGAAGCUCGUGGAUGCUGUUGGAUUCCUACCAACGUUGUAGGAGCUCCUAGUUGCUUUUUCCCUCCUAAUUAUCGAACCUAUACUGCAACAGAGCAAAGUGUACCUUAUGGUAAGAAAUAUACCUUAACACGCAACACGGUUUUGCCUGCCCAUUAUGGAUCACCAAUCAGUUCCGUCAACUUGGAUAUUCAAUUUCAAACUAGCAACCGAUUGCGUAUUAAGUUUACUGACAACGCAAGAAAGCGCUAUGAAGUGCCAAUUGACUUUCCCACCAUGAACACAAAUGAUCAAGCUGCUACAAAUCGUUUAUACGAAGUUGAAGUAAAAACAGAUCCAUUUGCUAUAAUUAUAAAAAGACGAUCAACAAACACUGUCAUCUUUGACUCUAGCGUAUCUGGUUUCAUCUUUGAAGAUCAAUUUUUGGAGAUUUCUUCCAAAUUACCUUCCAUUUAUUUCUAUGGCUUAGGUGAACAUGAACAUCAGUCUUUGGCUCAUAGUAAUUGGAACUGGCACCGCUGGGGAAUGUUUUCUAGAGACGAAUUUCCUGGACCAAAUAGAAAUUUAUAUGGUGUACAUCCAAUGUACUUAAACGUUGAAGAUGUUGAUGGUAACUCCAAUGUUGUUCUCUUAGUCAACAGUAAUGCUAUGGAGGCUGUUUUGACUCCUCUUCCUGGUAUCACUUGGAGAACUAUUGGUGGUAUUUUAGAUUUCUAUGUUUUCCUUGGUCCUUCUCCGGCAAAUGCAGUCAGCCAAUACAUCAAGACUAUCGGUUUACCGUAUUUCCCACCCUAUUGGUCUUUGGGCUUCCAAUUGUGUCGUUGGGGAUAUAACAGUUUGGAUCGUGUUAAACAAGUUGUUGAAGAUAUGAGAGCAGCUGAUAUUCCAUUGGAUGUUCAAUACGGUGAUCUUGACUAUAUGAAGUACCAACUAGAUUUUACCUAUGAUCCUGUACGUUAUGAUGGUUUGCCCGCAUUUGUUGACGAGCUCCAUAGUCGAGGACAAAAAUAUAUUAUUAUCCUGGAUCCAGCAAUCAGUGAUAAUCAAACUAGUGGAACUUAUCCUCCUUACGACGAUGGAGCAAAAAGAGAUAUUUUUAUCCGUCAUGCCGAUAAUAGGGUUAUGGUUGGCAAGGUAGUAUGGCCUCGCGGAAAUGCUGUAUUCCCAGAUUAUACUAGUGAAUCUGGAAGAACUUGGUGGAAAAAUCUAAUUGUUGAUUUCCAUAAUACUAUUAAAUUCGAUGGUCUAUGGAUUGAUAUGAAUGAGCCUGCAAACUUUGUUCCUGGAUCAGUCGUAGGCUGCCCAAAUGACCGAUACAAUAAUCCUCCAUAUAUGCCAAAGGGAAUCAAAGGAAACAAUCUAUAUGAAAAAACUCUCUGCAUGGACGGGAAACAAGCUUGGGGUACACAUUACGAUGUCCAUAGCUUGUAUGGAUAUAGUGAAAUCCAGCCAACUCUAGAGGGUUGCCGUAAUGCAACUGGAAAGCGAGGUAUGGUUAUUUCUCGUUCAACUUUUGUUGGUGGUGGUAAAGAAUCUGGUCAUUGGCUUGGUGACAACUGGUCUGGCUGGCCACCUAUGGCUUACUCUAUUGUCGGUUCCUUGGAGUUUAACAUGUUCGGCAUACCCUAUAUUGGUGCGGAUAUUUGCGGAUUUUUCAAUAAUGCAACUGCUUCACUUUGUAAUCGUUGGAUGCAACUGGGAGCUUUCUAUACUUUUGCUCGUAAUCACAAUGGCAAUGGAUUCUUGCCUCAACAUCCACCUGCAUUUGGUGCUCAAAAUGCAGCCAAUGCCAGAAAAGUUUUGCUCACCCGCUAUAGAUUGCUACCCUAUUUGUAUACCUUGUUCUUUGAAGCGGCUACUGAGGGAAAGACCGUUAUGCGAUCAUUAAUGAUGGAAUUUCCAAGAGAUAUAACCGCACGUACUAUUUCUAGACAAUUUCUGUGGGGAUCCGCACUAUUAAUCACUCCAGUUCUAGAAGAUAAUGCAAAUAGUGUCUAUGGCUAUUUCCCAAGUGGACGUUGGUUCGACUAUUACACUGGUGUAGAACUCGUGCGCCCACCAAAUGGCAAUGUUUCAUUGAAUGCCCCUGCCGAUUAUAUUCCUCUCCAUAUGCGGGGUGGAAGUAUCAUGGUUGUACAAGAACCGGCUAAUACGACAGUUUUUGCACGCAGAAACCAAUUCACUAUCAUUAUUGCAAUUGGUGCAAACAAUUUCGCCGAAGGUUCAUUCUUCUGGGACGAUGGAGAUAGUGCAGGUAACUUUGAGAAUAUUGAAUUGCUCGUGCAAUUGUAA